CUUUAAUUUUUUAUAAGAUAAAAUUUAUUAAAAAAAAAAAAAAUAAAAGGGAAAAAAAGGAAAAAAAAAGGGAAAAAUCCCAAACAAAUCAAUUACCAACUCCUCACUUCAUUUGCUCUAAAACAUACCUAUUUCCUUCCUUUCAUUCCUUUCUCUUUUUGCUUCACUCCCUCUCUCCACUUACCCCCAUUCUGUAUCCCCCUUCACCCUCAACAACAGGGAACUGCCUUUACCAGUAAUAAGACAUAAAUCGCGCGUAAACCAGAAGAAAACACUUCUUUCGGUGCUUAUAACGUGGAACGAAUCGUGAUCUGUAAUUAAGUGAGGAGUCAGUUCCUUUUUUUCGCGUACGUAUAUCGCCGAUUUUCUCGUUCUUCCUCUUCCUAAUUCGUCCGCCCUCUCAUGGCCCUGCCGACCGUUGAUUUAAAGAUUCCUGACUAUGAGGAGUGUCAGCACAAGAUUACGGACUUCCUGUCUCACUUCAAGUCGGAGAAAACAGUUGCUGAGGAUGCUGAAGAUAUCAUGAUGGAAGAAGACGCGGAAAAUCCGUUAAAUUACACUACAAAAUAUAUGGAUAUCCUGCAAAAAGUAGCAAACAGAGAACUCAAGGCUAUCUGGAUUGAUUUAGACGACCUCUACUCGUUUGAUCCUACAGAUGUUCGGCUAUUAACAGCCAUCCAAAAAAAUACCAAGAGGUUUACUGAACUGUUCGCAACAUGCGUUGAUAAGCUCAUGCCUACACCCACAGUAGACGUCAGCUACUGUAGUGAGGUGCUGGAUGUGAUUAUGCAACAACGCCGCCAGCGCAAUGAGUCGUUGGAAGGUGAGCAACCCGGUUUCCCUCCAGAGUUAAUGAGAGGUUACGACUUGUACUUCCGUCCAUUGACUCGCAACCAAAAACCCUUCAGUGUUCGCAUGCUGCACGGCGAACAUUUGGGCUCUCUUGUAACUGUUCGAGGCAUCGUCACGCGUACAAGUGAUGUAAAACCUAGCUUGCUCGUCAACGCUUACACGUGUGAUCGGUGCGGUUACGAAGUGUUUCAACAAAUUCGCCAAAAAACAUUCCUACCUCUGAAUGAAUGUCCCUCUGAAGAAUGUCGCAAAAACGACGCGAAGGGUCAAUUAUUUAUGAGUACACGUGCAAGCAAGUUUUUACCCUUCCAGGAGGUGAAAAUGCAAGAAUUGACAAACCAGGUGCCUGUAGGACACAUUCCUCGUUCCAUUACUGUUCAUUUAUACGGUGCCAUCACUCGUUCUCUUAAUCCAGGUGAUGUAGCCGACGUGUGUGGUAUUUUCUUGCCAACUCCUUACACUGGUUUCCGCGCUAUUCGUGCUGGCUUAUUGACGGACACUUACUUGGAAUGCCAUUCAGUCUCACAUCUCAUUAAGAGUUAUUCGAAUCUGGAGAGCACGCCCGAAUCCGAGGCUGCCAUUGAACAACUUCGCCGUGACGGAAAUGUGUAUGAAAAACUUUCAAAAUCAAUUGCUCCAGAAAUUUACGGUCAUGAGGAUAUUAAAAAGGCACUUCUCCUUCUUUUGGUCGGCGGUGUUACAAAAACCAUGGGCGAUGGUAUGCGUAUUCGUGGUGACAUCAACAUCUGCUUAAUGGGUGACCCAGGUGUUGCUAAGUCUCAAUUGCUUAAAUACAUUUCUAAAGUUGCUCCCCGCGGUGUCUAUACGACGGGUCGUGGUUCGUCAGGCGUUGGUUUAACAGCCGCCGUGAUGCGUGAUCCUGUUACCGACGAAAUGGUUCUUGAAGGUGGUGCCCUCGUUCUUGCAGACAAUGGUAUCUGCUGUAUUGAUGAGUUUGACAAAAUGGACGAAAAUGACCGUACUGCUAUUCACGAAGUUAUGGAACAACAAACAAUUUCAAUCUCAAAAGCCGGUAUUACUACCACUUUGAACGCUCGUACUAGUAUUUUAGCUGCAGCUAAUCCCCUUUAUGGACGUUACAACCCUAAGGUGUCGCCAAUUCAAAACAUUAACCUUCCUGCAGCUUUGCUUUCUCGUUUCGAUAUCCUUUUCCUCAUCCUGGAUACCCCUUCGCGUGAGGACGAUGAGCACCUUGCCCAGCAUGUUGCUUACGUCCAUAUGCACAGCAAGCAUCCCAAAAUGGAAUUUGAGCCACUCGAUCCUCGCAUGAUUCGGCAUUACAUUGCCUCUGCUCGCCAACAUCGUCCUGUUGUUACUAAACAAGUGGGAAAUUAUAUCGCAGGCGCUUACAUUCAACUGCGUCAAACUCAAAAGCGUGAUGAGGCCAAUCAGCGCCAAUUCACGCAUACAACUCCCCGUACCUUGCUUGCUAUUCUUCGUAUGAGCCAGGCCCUCGCCCGUCUGCGUUUCAGUGAUGAAGUUGAAAUCGGCGAUGUUGAUGAAGCUUUGCGCCUUAUGUCCGUAUCCAAAUCCACUUUGUACGAUGAUGCAGAUCCAGGAAUGCACGACACUACAUUGACCUCUAAGAUUUAUAAAAUCAUUCGUGACAUGCUCAACAACUUACAGAGCGAGUCAUCGCUUCCUCUUCGUCUUAUUCGCGAGCGUGUUAUUGCAAAAGGAUUCACUGAGGAACAGCUCAUGAAUACAAUUCGUGAGUACACGGAGCUCGGUGUUUUAUUCACUGCGAACGAAGGUCAAACGAUCAUGUUCUUGGAUCCCGAAGUGCACACGGAAGUAUAAACUUCAAUUGUGCGCUAUCUUAAAAUGUCUGUGCUCGUUUGAACAUUCUUGAGCAGACAACCCAAGUGUAGAACUAAAUUUGUUUCGUUCUUCUUUCUUUCCUAUCUACGUAUUCUUCCUGCACAUACCUUUUCGUUUCUGUCAGUUUUACCAUCCGUAUGAGACCAUCUACUUUUUACUAUUCAUACCCCGGAAUUGAUGACCUUAUAAUAAUGUUAUUCGUACUUUUUUG